AUUGGAUAAAUCUUACAAUGUUAUCAUUAUUCACAAGAAAUCUUCCAAAAUUAGAAUUACAGUAUUGUUUUGUUCGAAAAUGUCACAGUCUAUUUGGAAUUAAAGAUUUGGUUCGCCUAGAAAAGCCGGAUACUUUCACCAUUUCACCCGUUCAAAGCAGUAAUCAUGUGAUUGCGAUCGAUAUGAUAAAGCAAUAUUACCUGAGAGAACAUGUUCUUGUGCGCGCGCGCAACAUGGACCUAUCCGACGAUCGAGCAAUUGACGAAUACCUCAUCGGCAUAUUGAAGCAGGGUAAUUCGCUUUUCGCUAAAACCGAAGAUGGUACCGCUGCAGGGAUCUGUAUGAACUUCGUAUCUAGUCCAGUGGACGCAAAAAAUCUGCGCAGCUAUGCGUUUUACAGACAAGAUCCUAAUACCAAAGAUUUUCUUUACUUCACCGCGAAAUUACAAGAAACGCCUAAUCUUUGGAAUAUAUUUAAACAACGUGAAGUUUUUGAGAUGAAAAUGCUAGCCGUAUUACCGGAAUUUCGUAGGCAGGGUGUGGCCACCAUGUUAGCUGAGAAAUCUAAAAUUCAAGCUCAAGAACAGGGAUACCAAGUUAUUCGUAUGGACUGUAUUAACCCUUAUGACUACAAAAUAGCCGAACGUUGCAUGUUAUCAUGCCUAUUAAGGUUUCCUCUACACAAGUUGCGCGGCGCACAUGCACCGUUUAUUAAGCGUAGUUCUGAACACAACAAGUACGUACGGGUGUACGUCACGCACGCGCAGCAAGAUUUGCCUGACAUAAUUGUAAAACGCCACGAAAUAGAUGAAAACAUGAUUGAAUGAAUGUUACAACUUAAUUUUAAAACUCGGUUAAAAUAUCUUCCCUCAAAUACAAGUUGAUUGUUUAUUUAGUAAGAGCAUUAGUA